AUGUCCUGGAACUGGUCGUUAUUGAUGAAUGCUUACGAUAUGAACGACCUUGGCGAAUGGUGGCCCCUUGACACCAUGAAUAUAAAUUCCGACGCGACUGCUCCGGUUGAGAGCACGAGGAACGAGGAUCAGGGCUCGACCCAUGUUAUUGAACACGCACCGCUCGUCGACGCAUCUGCGUGGAGUACGUUCGAUUAUGGUUCGGUCCCGGCCUACCCCGCGCGUGGCCUUCGAUCCGACCUCCGGGCUCAGUCUACAUCGUCUUAUGGUAUAAAUACUCGACUACGCCCAAGUCUUGGUCCCACUUCCAGCGCUGACGACCGCCUACCCCAACGCGCCAGCACCGUCGAACACGCCUUUCCCAUCCCUACUCCCCCAACCACAGCCGGCUCACUGUAA